GCGCGGUGGGAAGUGCGUUGCUCCUUGAUUUAUUGAAAUUUAAUGACUUCAAAACCAUUUCGACUGUCGGACGUAGAGAGAUCAAGUAUGAUGGGAAUAACAAAGAAAUUUUGAAACAAAAAAUCAUUGAUUUCGAGAAUUUGGAUCAAUAUAAAGAAGAGUUUGUUGGUCACGACGUGGUGUUCAAUACCUUUGGCACCACAAGAGCGUUAGCAGGAAGCGCUGAAAAUUUCGAAAGAAUUGACAAAGGAUACGUGAUCCGGUCCGCCAAGAUUAUUAAGGAACUGAAUCCUGACAAGGAAAUCCAUUUUCUCUAUUGUAGUGCCAUGAACUCAAAUCCAAAUUCUCAACUUCUUUAUCCUCGAGUCAAAGGCGAGAUCGAGAAAGAGUUGGGCGACAUUGGAUUCAAAAAAGUUAGCAUAUUUAGACCAGGUUAUUUGAAAGUUGAAAAAAGGCCAGAAAAUCGUAGAUUUGAACAUCUCAUAGUUUCGGCAUUUUCCAGCGUAUUGGAUUUCGUGGCGCCGAAAAGAUGGGGCGUGCAUGUUGAUAUUGUUGGAAGGGCCAUGAGAAAGGUUGGAACAGGCAAAGCAAAAACUGAAACUGAAAUAAAGGUCUUGGAGAAUGGAACCAUAUUCGAA